AUGUCAUUGAUAAGGAGAAUGAAACAUACAAAAAGCGACUGCAGCAAGGUUCUGGGUCCGGAGGCCUUAGUGCUGGAUGUGUUGGGUCUUUGGAGGCCGCAGCAAGGUGGAGAGAACUUCCCUAGAGUUCUGCUUGCGUCUAUAACUCUGCUCUCCAUCGCUGCGGUUCCUGCUGGGGCUGCUCUCAGACUGUGUGCAGAUUUUCCUAAAGAGCUGGAGGAUCUGGCACUCUGUAGCUACAUGCUUAUUAUUUGCUCCGGAUCUUUCAUCAAGGCUGCGCUUUUCAUUGGAGAGGGGGGAACACUACACGAACUGGUGCGGCUAAUGAACGCCACAAGGCGGCAGUACGGCGGUGGUGAGAGCACUGACUGCAUCCGAAACCAUUACACAAGAAUGAUGGACACGCUGUACCGAUGCUUCCAGGUGAUGGCUGUUCCGUCGCUGAUGUGGUGGGUGGUCUCUCCGCUGCUUUCCAGUGGCGUCCGGAAAGAAGGCCAGGAAAACCAGCGACAGCUACCUGCACCUCUCUGGCUACCUGCAGACAUACACUCGUCGCCGGUCUAUGAACUGCUUUACGUCACCCAGAUCUUCUGUCUGACACUAACAGCAGAGGUUACGAUGUGUAUGGACGUUUUCUUUGUUCGCCUCAUGAUGAUGAUUGCAGCUGAGAUUGAAGUUUUGAAUCACAAUAUUUCAACAAUGUGUGAUUUCCAUUUGAAGAGUGCAGUAUCGGAUAAUUAUCUAAGUGGGCUGAAAGGCAGCGAGCUGCCGUCGAUGGUGUCCGAUAGAGAUAAGUCAUUUCUAGCUGCAGACAACACCACACGGAAUGGUUCAGAUGAGAUGUUCUCAAGGCUAGUGAAGAAUGUUCUUCAUCAUCAGACAGUUCUCAGGUCGGUCUCUUUGUUGCAGACGUCAAUGAACAUAUCUAUCUUCAUUCUUCUGUUUAUCAACAUGGCAAACUUAUGUUCCAAUAUGUUUGUCACAUGUGGUCUGCUGCAGAGAGACGGAAGUCUGACAAAGGCUACGAAGGCGCUCUUGACGAUACCUCCUGUCCUUUUCCAGACAGGGAUGUACUGCAUUUUCGGACAAAUCACUACUGACCAGAGUGAGAAGCUGCCCGAUUCUGCCUUCGGCUGUGGUUGGAUCAACUGCGAUGCUCACUUCAAACGCAGCCUGAUCAUCCUCAUGAUGAUGGUGAGAAGGCCAGUCGAGAUCACAGUGGGAAAGACGUGUCAGCUGUCCAAGCAGAUGUUGCUCCAGGUGCUCAACGGAACUUACGUCCUGCUGAACAUGCUAUUCCAGGUGCGCAGCACUGAGUGA